AUGGUGAUCUGCCUGGUUUAUUUAAUCACUGCAGUGAUGGUGGUUUUGACUAGUUCCGAAGAACCCCCUGUGAUGGAAACCUAUCGAGUUUGUCGUCAGAACGGGGAAACCUUCGCUUGCAAUGCAUCUGUGAUGUUAAUAACUAACAUUACCAACCAGCUGAAGGAAAUGGACGUGUCCAGUUUUGAGAACUUGAGGCGGGACUGUAUGGGCAAAGCCGUAUGUGAUCCAUGGAGAGUCUGUGAGAAAUCAAAGCUGCGCCCAUUAACUGUGCACUAUGUGUGUGUUGAUAAGGCAUACAUUCGGUCUAGCUCAUGUAACAGCCAACCUGCCACAGUGACUGACGUUUUCGGAUAUAUCCAAAGUCCAGGCUACCCUGCCGGCUCUUUCACUGAUGUUUCUUGCAGCUGGACUAUUGCCGUGCCAGUCGACAAAGUUGUGAUUAUUUCUCUGCAUGAUUUUGUUACCACUCCCAGAAACCGCCAAAACAACUGCGAGGGAACACUUGUGGUAACCGGUGCUUCCUGUCAAAGAGGCACCGAAGAGGAGACUUCCUUAUGUGGAAAAGUUAAUCUUACUAGUCUGGCGAAGUGUGGCAAUACAGAAAUCCGGUUUACGCCAUCACAUAGGAGAAAUGAAGUCAGAUACUGGUUGUCUUUUUGCGUAUUGCACAAAGACCAGAUUUCAACAUUUUCUAAACAUGCGCAUUGCCCAUUUCUAAGCCAUGAUGUGAACUAUGGACCAGGGUCCAAGAAUCUCUCUGGGACAAACAGUCAAGACUCAAAUACUGAAGUGCUCAUCAUUAUGCUGUCUAUAGUUGGUGGCAUCGCUGCUGUUCUUCUCAUUAUCCUCAUUGUCAUCUGUGUGAGGUGCCGUCAGAUUCACAUUACUGGCGCUGAAUCUGUGUACAGUGAUCCCAGCCCGAGUGUCCAGCCUCAUUAUGAGUACGUGUCCACCUCAGACGUGGAAAAAGCGCGACCACAUCUGGCAGACGGCUACUUCCAGGUGGCUGAUGCCUUGCCAUUUGUUCAGAGAGUAGAGCCAGCAACAUCGCCUCAGUAUGUUGAAGUGGAGCACGUAGCUGACAUCAGAAAAGUGAUGCACUUAGUAACUUCAGAAAAACACCCAAGAGGACUGAAAUGUGCAGAGAAGCCCGACGACAGUGACAUACAGAACAACAAAGAUAACCAAAGAAACAAUAGUAAUGCGAAACAAGGGAGUUUGUGCACUAAAACAAGUGGCGUUUUAGGUACUCAUAUAGAGAACCGCGCUAAAACAAAAUAUGAGAACGUAACAAGUAACAAGGACACGCAAAGCAUAUCUAGUUGCACUGAAAAAGAGGCGACAUCAGUAAAUACACCAGCUUCCUCUCAAACGGUUCUGAACACACAGAUAAACGGUGAGCAUGGAAAUAGUUCUACAUAUGAAACUAUUGGGAACUCACCUCCAGUUAAGACCUAUCCACAGUUAACUAAAAGAAAGCACUCAGACUCAGGAGGAUUGUCUUCUAGUUUGUACGAAAAAAGGUAUUUAGUAAAUGAAGGUUGCUUCAAGCAACCACAAGAGGUCGAUGAUAAUGGUAAGCCAAAUUCCACCCCAGUCUGCUACGAUCUCUCAACUACUCGUCCACAAACUAGAGAUCACACAUACUUUGUGCUAGAGAAAAGGAAACAGUCCGCGUGUCUUGGCAAAAGCAGGUCUACAGAUAUGAGGGUGAGAAGUAAAAGCUUACCUAGCUCAAACUCUGCUGCUGGUCAACAUACACGUGAUGCAACAAAGAAACAGAAACGUGAUGCAGUCAUGGACGCACCCCCAUCCUUUGGUAUAGUGAGGAAUGGAAUCAUGAAAUUUGAACAAAAUAGUGCUUGA